UUAAAACUCGACACCAUUUUUCUUUGAUAUUCUGGAGAGAAAAACUUGAUGUCAUCCACUAGUGGAAUCAACUUUGGUCCUCUCGCUGUAAGCCCAUACAAUUUGAUGAUAUUCAAUAGACCCUUGUGAUUUUUUUGAUAAAGAUUACCCACUCGGGCAACUCCCAUCACUCUCUCUCCGGCAUUGCCACCGCGUGUACAAGCAGCUCUGGUUACGUGUCAGGAAAUGGAGAUAUCAUGCUUGUUUUACACGUGUCGAAUGCCCUUCAAACCCACCUCCAUGCAAAUGUAGCAACUGUAAGAUGUUCUUGUCUUGGUCCCUCUAUAAGAUUAUUCCAUUUUUUUUUCUGGAUGGUUAUCUUUUUCUGUCAAGCAAGUAACUGACUUAAUAGAAACUUGUUUUCGGUCUAAUCGCUGGCAAUUUCUGUUUUCGCUAUGGAGUCACAAAUGGUACGCCCACAUGGUGUUCAUGACCAUGAACAUGGUCCCAACAAUGCUGGACUGCAUCCUGAGGGUGAAGAUGAGCAUCGCCAUGAGAAGAAGUCCGUGUUGAAGAAAGUGAAGGAUAAAACCAAGAAAUUGAAGGAAAAAGUCAAAUUACAUGGUCAUGGUCAUGGCCAGGACGAACAUCAUGAAGUUCAUGUGCCUGAUGAUCAUGACUUGUAUGAGGAAGAUGAUGACGAGGAUGAAGAAAUGGUUGGGGACCCAGAAGUUCAUGGAGCCUCAGCCUAUAGUUCUGCUUCUCUUAGAAGCUCAGCCCAUGGACAGGGGGGAAGGUUAGGUGACCCUAGGACAUAUUAUGGAGGUCCAACAACAAUGCAAGAAGAACAUACAGGCACUGAUCCCAUAAAGAGCUCUGUUCUUGGACAAGAGGAAGAUGAGUCAGCACCACCAAAGGUUCUUCUCGAAAGGACAACUGCUAUUAAAGAAGUACCUCAUGCCCCAGUUAAUUCGCCUGCAUCUAUUUCUCCUGCUGAUCCCGUUAAAGGUUUUGUUCAUGAACAAGAGAGGAUUCUAGGGCAACCUGAAGUUAACUUGGAAGUACCAGUAGGGUUGGAGGAGGAUCCUCACGCCCCAAAGGAUAGACUUGUGGAUCAUGCUCCUUCCAAUUAUCAGACUAAAGCCACUGAUCCAACUGGUUCUGGAGGGAAAGAGGCUGGAAUAACUCCAAUGCUUCAGUCUUUCGACAAAAUGAAUAUCUAUGAUGAUUCAAAACAAGGAGAAAAAAAGAACUCAUCUGUCAGACCGCGUGAUGCUCGGCCCUCUAUGUUUCCCACUGGGAGCCAUGACCAAUUUUCUAUAGAACCAACUCCCCCAAUUUCCAUUAACCCCAAGGAGAACCCAGAAUCAGGUUCAGAGUCUAUUGAUUCAUUGAAAAUCAAGGAGCAACCAGGAGGUGACAUUGCUGAGAAACCAUCAUACCAGAGCAGCAACACUGGAAAACCCUCCUCUGCCACUUCUGCAAUUGCUGAUAAGGAAAAAGCUGCCACAAAUGUCAUAGCUUCCAAGCUUGGAUAUAUAGAGAGAGACGAUACUAUUCAAGAACAUGAAGUGGCACAUGAAGGACAAAAUGCUGCGAAGCCAGCAUCGGCAGUGGAAUAUGGAAAGAAAGUUGCUGCAACUGUGACAGAGAAACUCGCUCCAGUGUAUGAAAAAGUUGUUGGUUUAGGCAGUACUGUGAUGUCAAAAGUCUAUGGCAAUACUAACACUAGCACCAACACCAGCAAUGAAGCAGACAGCAUGAUUAAAGGGAAAGAUAAAGGGGUGUCAGUGAAAGACUAUUUCGUGGAGAAGUUGAGUCCUGGAGAAGAAGACAGGGCGCUUUCUGAAGUUAUUUCGGAGACUUUGAACAAGGGGAAGGCUGAGGCAGUGACAGAGUCGGAGGAGGUGAAGAGGAGGUUAGAGAGUAGGAGUACAGAAGAGUAUUCUGGUGGAAGGGUGGAUUCAGGCUCUGUGCAUAUUCCUGAUAAAACUGUGGUUGGUAAGCUUAGAGGUGCUGUUGGUUCUUUGUUUGUCAAAGGUGAAGGGUCCAGGGCAUCUCAGCAGCAUCCACUUAGCUCCUCCAAUGCAGAUUACUCAAAUUGCGAGGAGGAAGAAAAUGGGAUUUGAGUCUAAAUUUUGGAUUUUCUUCAAUGGACAAAGUGAUGGGAUAGGAGGAAGUCCAGUAAAGAAGUGCAAGUAAAACAAAAGAGGCUUCUGGUGAAAGGGUGGAUUCUGAUUCUGUGACUAAUUUACAAGGCUAUGAUUGAUGAGCUAAAAGGUGCUAUUGAUUCUUUGUUAAAGGUAAAGAGUCCUGUUCAUCUCAGCAGAAGCCAUCUGGUUCCUCCAAUUCAGGCAAUCCUUCCUGUCUUGAAUUGAAUUUGGAACCUGAUCAGUUUUAAGUAAAUUCUGAAAAUUCAUUGCAUCAGUCAGAGUCUUUCUGAUCGGCUAUGCUGGUAUAUCUUUUGCUGUUUUAUAAAGCAGGAACCAGACUCGAGGAAUCAGUAACUUGAGCUUGUUGAAUUUUCGGAGUGAUUGUGUUUGUUUUAAUAGUGAUUAUCACUAUCAUCAUCACUUCCAAUUGUAUUCAAGCAAGAGAGAGCAGAUGCAGUUCCUCUGUGGUAUUAAUAUUGUGUUCAAAUUUGAGCAUCAAAACUGUGAAAGUUUGGUGUGAUGGUGAUAGUUGUGUUUUACUUGAAUAAAUCAGAAAGAUUAGGAAGGAAAUAAAUGGAUGGAUCAAGUAAUAUUCUUGAUAAGAAAUUUUGAAAAA